CCUCAAACAUACAACAACGAAGCUAUGCAAGUCUUGAAAAUGAAACAGCAAAAACAGCAGAAAUACAUAAAAAAGUGCCAUCAAAUGUAGUUAGUUAUACCGCUGAUAUUUAUACUCACUUGAAAAGAAACCCGAAUUUUAAAGAACUUUCUCCAGAUGACAUUAAAUUUUUUCAAUCAAUUUUAUCACCCAGUGAGUUAAUUGUAGGUAAUGGCAAUAAUCAAGAUGAUUUAAUUCCCUACAAUACUGAUUGGAUGAAAAAAUAUAGAGGAAAAUCAAAAUUAGUAGCAAAACCUAAAACUACUGCACAAAUUUCCAAGUUAGUCAAGUAUUGUAAUGAGAAAAAGUUGGCUAUCGUACCUCAAGGCGGAAAUACUGGCCUUGUUGGUGGCAGUGUACCAGUAUUUGAUGAAAUUGUUAUCAGUACUAAUAAUUUAAAUAAAAUAAGAAAAUUUGAUCCUUUAUCUGGUACUCUAGUGUGUGACUCCGGUUGCAUUCUUGAAGUUCUUGAUAAUUAUCUUGCCGAACAAGGCUAUAUGGUACCAUUGGAUUUAGGAGCCAAAGGCAGUUGCCAUAUUGGUGGUAAUGUUGCAACGAAUGCUGGCGGGAUAAGAUUAUUGCGGUACGGUUCUCUUCAUGGCACCGUAUUAGGAUUAGAAGUGGUACUUCCCGAUGGAACCAUCUUAGAUAAUCUUUCGACACUCCGUAAAGAUAACACUGGUUACGACAUUAAACAUUUAUUCAUUGGUUCAGAAGGUACUCUGGGUAUAAUUACCGGAGUUUCAAUUUUAACACCAAAACGUCCUAAGUCGGUCAAUGUCGCUGUAUUUUGUUUAAAUUCUUUUCAAAAGGUCCAAGAAGCAUUUAUCAUAUCCAAAGGAGAAUUAUCAGAAAUUUUAUCAGCUUUUGAAUUCUGGGAUGUUAAUGCACUUAAAUUGGUAAAAGAUCAUCUUGUUCAGGGAGCAAGUUUUCCAUUAGAAGACAAAUAUCCCUUUUACAUUUUGGUUGAGACUAGUGGCUCCAAUAAAGAUCACAACGACGAAGUGGGAGUUGUUGAGAAUGGUGUUGUCGCACAAGAUAAUACACAAAUUCGAAAUCUAUGGUCAAUUAGAGAAGGGAUACCCGAGGCCGGUAGUAAGGCCGGCUCAGUGUAUAAAUAUGAUCUAUCUAUACCAGUACCAGUUUUUUACAAUAUAAUUGAAGAUAUGGGCAAUAGGUUAAAGGAUGCUGGUAUAUUUGGCAAGGAUAAACUUGUAACAGAUGUUGUUGGGUACGGUCACAUUGGUGAUGGUAAUAUACACUUGAAUAUCGUUGCAAAAUCAUAUUCCCCCGAGGUCGCCAAACUGACAGAGCCUUAUGUUUAUGAAUGGACAGAGAAACAUAAAGGAUCUAUAUCAGCAGAACACGGUCUAGGUCUAAUGAAAGCUGAUUGUAUAGGAUAUUCUAAAUCACAAAAAAUGAUCAAUAUGAUGAAGCAGAUAAAACAAAGUAUUGACCCAAAUGUUUCAAUUGGCAGCAAAACCAUACAAACUCCUGCUAUUGAAAAAAGAGUGGCAGAUACAUAUAUUGGUACUACCAAGUGUAUUGUUAAAAGAUUUCCCGUGAUCACUGGGCCAAUUAUACCAGUUCUAUAA